AUGGCGGAGCUAUCGCAGCACCGUCCGCGGCACAGCACCGACAACGGACAACCCUCGUCCACCAUCUACGACUAUCCGGAACAUCUGAAUCCGUUCUACCAGGACGAAAACCACAAGCGACUGCGCUUCUGGAACCACAAGCCGUCAACGUGCAAAUCGCAACGUCGGGGCAGCUUAUCUAGCAUACGGGAUGGAUUUCGGGAGCUCUGGCAAUACUCAACGCUACGUUUCGGGAAGAAACGAUCGUCAACACUGGGAAUCAACAAAACCUCCGAGAGUCCACCACCGCUGCGAAGGGAUCCAUACGAUGAAGAUUACGGAAGCACUUCCUAUACUGGCCACAGAAACACGGUCAACGGGUCUGGCUAUGGCACUGUUCGUGAGAGUCGUUCCUACACCACUACGCCGUUGUUCGAACGACAGACGCGAUACCGUAGUUCCUUCCAACCUCGGUCACAGGAAAGCGACGAUUCUGGAUUCACUCGGAACAAUCGGUAUCGCAGCACGAUUCAGAAUGGUUACGCCACGUACAACAACGGAAUGGUGACGUCCACACCGCAAAAGAAGCAGGCACCACCUCAACCUUACGGCACCACCUCAAGAGUCCCGCAGCAACACAACAACAGCAAUCCGUUCGAUGACGACGUGGAAGCGGACGGGGACACGCUGUCCACGAUCAGCAUGGACGAUAGCUACAGCAGCACUCUCAGAUCGCGCACGUCCGGCACCAGAACUCGUACCAAACGACGAGCACCUCCGCCGCCGCCGGUAACUGUUGAACUUGCAAAACACCCAGAACAGGAAACGGAAGUUAACGAAAGUCAAAGCGAGGACCUUCGUAAUUUAACAGCCGAAAUUGCUAGCUUUGUGUCAUCAGCUAAUGAGGAUGAGGCGGCAAAAACCGAAUCCUUGACUCAGACCAGCACCAUCACCGUCGAGACAAGAACAGAGCAAACGUUCGAUGUUAAUAAUAAUAAUGCCCGUGUGGACAUACCGACAACGGUUGCGUCGAUGGAGAAUGAAGUUGUACAGGAACACCACGUUGCGGAGAGCAUACAGAAGGAACCGGCUGUAAGCACUGUUAAAGUUACUAGCGAACAGCAAGUUAUUGAAUCGCACAACGUAUCAGAGGCAGAAGCAAAACCCCAAAAUAAUCAAUCAGUUCCAGCGCCAACGGUUGAGGAAACGGCGACGGAUACGGCAACGGAAACGGCAGGCACCAGUCCUACUCCCGUGCCAAGGAAGAAGUCAGAGAAACACCAAAACAACGCUGCGUUAGAAACCGAAACGGUCCAAAAAGUGGAUAUUGACUUUGAAAAUCUCGCCCUCCCGGAAACGCCCGUCCCGUCGAGACGAUCGAAUCGCGAACGAUACAUAACGGAGCAAGCUCCACCGGCAAGCCAACCCAUCAUCGCUAAUCCCGAACCGAAGAUUCCAAACCAUCCUACCGAAGGCCAGCAGGACGAUGACGAGGGUCCAACGACAACGAUCAUUGUGGACAAUUUGCACUACAAGCUAAAGGUCGCGCCGAUUCACACGGAAAUCAAUACCAAAAUAGAAAACGCCCGGCUCAAGAUCAGCGAGUCCACCGGCAACAUACCGACGAGUGCGACGGAAAACGGUACGACCGAACGGCGCCGUUCGGUGAAAGACAUCAUAGAGUCGAUCAACAAGAGCCAGAGCAUGCUCAAGGUGAACCUCGAGCAGCAGGGUUUGCACGAAACGCAGUCCACCGACAGCAUGACCCGGAACAUCCGCGAGCUGAACGAGCGCGAGAAGGAGAUCCAAAACUUGCUGCAUGACAUCGAUAGUCGCUACGGUGCUGCAGGUGGACCAGGUGGCGGUGCUGAGAUGCCGGUUCCUUCCGGGCGGGGUUCAUAUUACGAUAACCUACCGGACGAUAACCUGAACGACAACCUGGACGACAUGAACAACAUGUACGCGUCGUCUGGGCAUCGGGUGAAAAAGAGCCCAACCAAAACGGUCAUCAUUGCGCAGGCGGACGAUCAGUUUCAAGAUUGCAUCGAUUGGAAUCCUCUGCCGAAGCCGAAGCGCGUAAUGGUGGAAAGUGUGACGGGAGCUGGCGAACAGUCCCGGUUGGCAGAAAAUGCCCCUUCCUAGUCGUGUAGUGCUGCUUGUUUGCAGUAAUGUUUCUGCACUUCAUCGCUAUUUUAAUAGUUAAAACAUUUUGGUGUGACUGUGCUUAUCCAUAAACAUAGAAUAAAAUUUGUGUUUUGUUGUAUAUUA